CACCGGUCCGGGGUGGACUUUCAGUCAUCUGUCAACGCGCUUCGUGGGAGGAUCUCCUCCGGAUAGGACCUCACUCUACUGCAGUACCAAUUUCACGCCGGACGGAGAUUGUGAUCGCAUUGGGCGAUAGAAAGUGAAAAUAAGUAGCGAACGACGACUGUCUUGGUAGAUACAGGACAAAGGCGGUGUAAAUUUUGCGAUAGAAAAGUCAACUUGAUACAGCCUUUUGCCUUCUGGUGGUUCGAGACUUGGAAGAUCGGUUUCUCGUGAGAAGAAAAAGCAGUGCUAAAUUUGAGCUAUUGGGCAAAUUGAUGUUUGUUUUGCUCCUGCGACGAUAAUUUCGGUGACCAUCGGGUGGUUAGUGCGUUCGAGAGUACGAGAGUGAGGAUUAAGCUUCGAAGAAAGGCGACAGAUUUAUGCCAGAUCAGGACAGGCGCGCUGGUGUUGAACGUAUCGUUUGCUGACGUUAUCCUUUGCGGCGAGGAUUUAUUCUUUCGAUUUGGAUUAAGAACGGAGCAGGAUGUCACGAACUUCUAGUGACACCCAACUGGACAAGGUUCAAGGCAUCAAAGGAGCCUCCGUGUAUAACAUUCAUGGCCUGGCAGGUUCACAGGGAUCGCUCAGCAUCCCACCGAUCCACAAAGACGUUCCAGGCUAUCGCGGCAGCAAUGAAUUCAUUUUAUCCGACGACAAAAAGACCACCAUGGACCACCUGCGCGAGAUUGGUCCCUGGUGUCGACGAAAGUACAGGAGCAUCUUCCGCAAGAAAAUCCUCUACAAGCGCGUGCCGAUGCUGAGUUGGCUACCGAAGUACAGCGGGGAUGAUGCCAUCGGCGACCUGGUUGCAGGAUUCACAGUUGGACUCACCGUUAUCCCUCAGGCGUUGGCCUACAGCAGUAUUGCGGGAUUGCCGGCGGCUUACGGUCUCUACGGUUCGUUUCUUGGUUGUUUCAUCUACAUCCUCCUGGGUUCCUGCAAGGACGUCCCCAUGGGACCGACGGCCAUCGCCUCUCUGCUGACAUUCCAAGUGACGAACGGUAUCUGGCAACGGGCCGUGUUGCUCUGCUUCUUGACGGGUCUGGUUGAGCUGCUGAUGGGACUGUUCGCUCUCGGAUUCCUUAUAGACUUCGUGUCUGGACCGGUGAGCUCGGGUUUCACCUCAGCGGCCGCACUGAUCAUUCUCAGCUCGCAGGUCAAGGACCUGCUGGGAAUAUCGGCCAAAGGAAACACAUUCGUCGAGCAGUGGCAGGCCAUCUUGAAGGACAUCCAGAAUACUCAACUGGGCGAUGCGGUUAUGGGCUUCACCUGCAUUGUGGUGCUGCUGCUGAUGAGACUUCUGCCACGAAUCAAGUUCGGACCUCCAGAUGUGGAAGAUCAAUCUGUACUGCAAAAGAUCGCGAACAAAACGCUGUGGUUGGUUGGAACUGCUAGGAAUGCUAUCAUCGUGGUCGUGUGCGGUUCCAUUGGAGCUGCGUUUUACAACAAUGGGCAAAUGCCGUUCAAGAUGAUUGGUGACGUGCCGAAAGGUCUUCCCUCGGUUCAACCGCCACCGUUUUCGGUGCCGGAGAUUAAAAACGACAACGGAACCGUCAUCCAGGAGUACGAAAGUUUUGGAGAUAUGCUGGGCAGCUUCGGAUCGAUGUUGAUUGUGAUUCCCCUGAUUGCUCUCUUGGAGGAUGUGGCCAUCUGUAAAGCUUUUGCAAACGGAAAACCAGUCGAUGCAACCCAGGAACUGAUAGCCAUUGGGGUGUCCAACAUCGCCAACUCCUUCGUCCAAGGUUACCCGGGAACCGGUGCCCUAUCACGCGGAGCGGUCAACAAUGCUAGUGGAGUUCGAACUCCCUUCGGAGGCCUCUACACAGGAAUCAUCGUCAUCCUGGCGCUGCUCUUCUUCACCCCAUACUUCUUCUACAUCCCGAAGGCUGCCUUGGCGGCGAUCAUCAUCGCAGCCGUAAUCUUCAUGGUGGAAGUCCGAGUGGUCAAACCUAUGUGGAGAAGCAAAAAAACCGAUCUGAUACCCGGAAUCGCCGCCUUCAUUGCUUGUUUGGCUCUUCCGAUCGAGUACGGCAUCUUGGUCGGUAUCGGUCUGAACGUAAUCUUCAUCCUGUAUCACGCCGCCCGACCGAAGCUCCACCUGGAUCAGCUGAUCACCCCGUGCGGUAUCAAGUACCUCAUGCUUACCCCGGACCGUAGUCUCAUCUUCCCGUCGUCGGAUUUCGUGCGCAACCUUAUCAACAAGCACGGCCUCAAGAACCAAACCCCGGUGGUGAUCGAUUGCACGCACAUCUACGGAGCAGACUUCACCGCCGCUCAGGUCAUCGAUACGCUCAUCAAGGACUUCAAAAUGCGAAAUCAGAUGCUGCUGUUCUUGAACCUGAAACCGUCGGUGUGCAAUGUCUUCGAGGGCGCGGAGUUGGAAUAUCGGGUGUUCUACGACAUCGAACAGCUCGAGAAGGCGAUUCAGGAAAUACGACGAAAGAGUUUCCAAGCUUAACCAGCGUAGAAGAAACAAUUGUAUAGCGGCAAAAGACAGAAACUCAGGACCAUUCAAACCGCUUGCCUAGUGGAAUUAGUCACCUAGCACAUAGAUAUUGAUAGCUAGUUCGUUAGAGUCGUUAACUUAACCAUAAAGCAUUACGUUUCCCGCAACAGAAAAAGUGAUCUAGAUAUUAAGCCGAUUGUAGCGCGAGCACGAGAGCAGCCGAGAGAGGGAUAGGAUUUCGAUGGUGAAGUUCCCGUUGAUUUUUCCGAUAUGCCGAGCCGUAUUGGGAAAGGGGGAUACCACUGUGUACUUAUUGGACAGAUGAACAAAUCCCGACGAUUAUUGGAAACAAAAAUCUUAUGAUUUGCUGAUAGAAAAAUACUGAAAACGAAGUCAGAUGUUACUGGUGGGCGUGUAUACGGGUGGACCAUGGAAAGCCACCGCGAAUCGCGCUUGUCACUUUGGUAGGAUUAGUUGACUUUUUAGAUUAGUAAGUUGAUUCAUAUUGUUGAAAUACACGAGAUGUUCCUUUAUUUUAGAAACUGUUGAACCAAAA